ACUGAGGUUGUGGACAACUAUUGGCCAACCAUUUCACUUUAAUUUACAUUUUCGAAUAACAAUAUUAUUAUUAUUAUUAUUAUUAUAAAUAAAUAAUAAUCCUAUGUGUGUGGCUCUCUAAUUUCUGUUUUGUAAUAUAUAAAAAAAUAUAUAAUAUAUUUAUCUUAUUUUAUUUUAUGAAACUAAUUUUUAAAAAUUGGUCCUUCUUGCUCCUUCUUCCAACGACUCUUCUUCCUCCUCUUCCAGACCUGUACGGCACACACAACACUCUCCCUUCCUCCUUCUGAUUCAUUAACCCAUCAUCAUCAUCAUCAUCAUCAUCAUUAUCAUCGUCUAGGGUUCGAAAUCCAUGGACUUGGUCUGUGUAAAUUGCAGAUACCCCAUUAAUCAUAAUCAAUUCAAAUACAGAGGUCGGCCAAUUUCAAGUCAUCAUCAUCAAGCGACAUUAACAGCUCUAUCUUCCCUCAAUUCCUCCCCAAGUAUAAUUUAUAGUAGAAGAAGGAAAAGAACUAAAUGUUCCCUGCGGAUUUCAAAUUUUGCGGCUUCUACAAAUGGAGCUAUAACGAGGAUUUCCACGCCCGGAAAGUCUAGCUCCGCCAUGGAGCAGCUUGAUUUCGAGCGCGGCGUUUGUAUACCCUUUCGCAAGUACACUCCCGAGACAGUGAGGAAUAAGGUGUUGGAAUCUAGAGGAGCUGUUGUAUCUUUAAUUCUUCGAGGUGUGGAGAUAGUGUGGAGUUUGGGUUUUUAUUGGUCUACUUUGAUGUAUGAUUUCUUGGUUGGAAGGGAUGAAGAGGUUGUCCCAUUUCGCGCUAGGCAGCUUAGGAAUCUCCUAUGUGAUUUGGGUCCUUCUUUUAUCAAAGCUGGUCAGGUUCUUGCAAAUAGACCAGAUAUUAUUAGAGAAGAUUACAUGAAUGAGCUUUGCAUUCUUCAAGACGAUGUUCCUCCUUUCCCUAAUCAGGUUGCUUUCAACAUAAUAGAAGAGGAAUUGGGUCAGCCUCUUGAAGCUAUAUUCAGUAAAAUCUCAUCUCAGACAAUAGCAGCAGCAAGUUUGGGUCAAGUUUAUCGAGCUACAUUACGUAGCACUGGUCAGGAUGUUGCUAUUAAGGUGCAAAGGCCAGGGAUAGAGCCUAUCAUAUAUCGAGAUCUUUUUCUUUUCCGUACUCUGGCUUCAUUCUUGAAUGGCUUUAGUCUACAAAAACUGGGCUGCAAUGCUGAGCUGAUAGUUGAUGAAUUUGGUGAGAAGCUUCUGGAGGAACUUGAUUAUACUUUGGAAGCUCGUAAUAUAGAAGACUUUCUUGAGAACUUCAAAAAUGAUCCUACUGUCAAAAUUCCUCUGGUUUACAAAGAGUUAUCUGGUCGUCGAGUUUUAGUGAUGGAAUGGAUUGAUGGUAUUCGUUGCACUGAUCCACAGGCCAUUAAAGAAGCUGGCAUUGAUUUAGAUGGGUUUUUAACUGUUGGUGUAAGUGCUGCUUUGCGACAACUAUUAGAGUUUGGACUAUUUCAUGGAGAUCCACAUCCUGGAAAUAUUUUUGCGAUGCAAGAUGGGCGUAUUGCAUAUGUGGACUUUGGGAAUGUUGCCGUGCUUAGUCAGCAAAAUAAACAGAUUCUGAUUGAUGCUGUUGUUCAUGCUGUAAACGAGGACUAUGCUGAGAUGGCAAAUGAUUUCACCAGGCUAGGCUUUUUGGCUCCUGGAACUGAUGUUGCUCCCAUUAUUCCAGCUUUAGAAGCAAUCUGGCAGAACUCUUCUGGAAAAGGACUCUCUGACUUUAAUUUUCGAAGUGUUACUGGGAAAUUUAAUCAAUUAGUUUAUAAUUAUCCCAUCCGCAUCCCAGAGAGGUUUUCUCUUGUUAUCCGUUCUUUAUUAACUCAAGAAGGCAUCUGCUUCACUCUGGAACCGAAUUUCAAGUUUCUUGAGGUAGCCUAUCCAUACGUGGCAAAGCGGCUUCUAACAGAUCCAAAUCCAGCUCUACGAGAACGCCUCAUACAGGUCCUUUUUAAAGAUGGCCUUUUCCAGUGGAAGCGGCUCGAGAACCUCAUCACUCUUGCAAAAGAGAACGUGGCCAAGAUGAGUAGCAACCCUGCCUUGCAAGUGAAGGGAAUGCAAACAUUUGAAAAAAAGUUGGAUCUCACAGACACCAUGAAAGAUGGAGCUCGUUUAUUCAUUAUUGAUGAAGGAAUUCGUCGACAACUUCUUCUUGCCUUGACUGAAGACUCAAAGCUUCACAUACAGGAGCUUGUGGACGUAUACAGGCUAAUUCAAGAUGAGAUAGACGUACAAACUGUAGCUUUGGAAGUUGUAAGAGACUUCCCGACCGUCGUUCGAGAUCUCAUGCUUUCUUGGAGUGAAUCCGUUUUGUCCGAUAGAUAGUUCUUGAGAAGCUUCAGGAAAAAAGAAAGAAAAGGAAAAAAAGAGAGCCUACCAUGAUAUCAGUUCAGUGGAAAAAAGAAAAGAAAAGUUAGAUUAUACGACACCCAAUUUUCCCAAUAGUUUUCAUAGAACGAUAGCCUGGUAUUUACCGUUGUAGUUAUAGAAAUGUCUAUAUUCGGGAAACUGCAAAGUUAGACAACAUUUGCUGCUAUUUUGCUUUGUUACAACAUAUAUAUAUAUAUACACACACACCAUGUUAUAUAUUAUAUUCAUCUACGACUAAUUAUAUAUGUGUGAAUAAAGAAAUAUAAUAUUUUGAUUCUUUAUAUUCA